AUGGUCAUCAACUUCUACAUCGCCGCCUGCACUGUGAUCGAAGCUUUCUUGGGUAUCUCUCCGCUUCGCGAUGCCAGAGCAGCUGCUAUCAGGGUCAACACUUGCGGUGAAUUCCCUACUCCGGAUGAGCUUCUUCCUAUCCUCGACAUUGUCAUUGUCGCAUACUUGCCCAACGAGCAGGACAUUGUCAAGGAUCAAGUCAACUACGCCCUCGAGGAGAUUGUCUACCCUCGCGACAAGCUGAGAAUCAACCUGCUCUACAACACCCCCAAGCCAAUCGAACCUCUGGAGACCGAGUUGCUCGAGAUGGAGAAGCAGCACGGUGGUUUGCUUCGUGUCACCAAGGUCGUCGGCUCAAAGUCAAAGGCCGACAACUUGAACUUCUUCUUCACUCUCGAUACUGGCGCUGAGAUCAUUGCUGUCUUCGAUUGCGAUCAUUUCCCUCAUCCUUACAAUGCUCGCUGGGCUGCUGAACGCUUCAUCGCCGAUCCUACCGUCGAUAUCGUACAAGGCAGAUGUAUCGUCUACAACUCCAAGGAGACUUUCUUCACACGCAUGAUUGCUCUCGAAUUCGACAAGAUUUACGCUGUAUCGCAUCCCGGUCGUUCGCGUCUGUUCUCUUUCGGUCUUUUCUGUGGCAGUAACGGUUACUGGAAGGCCGAGCUGCUUCGUGGUCAUCAAAUGCACGGUCACAUGCUUUGCGAGGAUAUUGAUUCUGCCCUCAGAGCUUACGGAGAAGGCAAGAGAGCCGUUCACGACAUGAACGUCAAGUCUUACGAGAUGGCUCCCACCUUCUGGAUGGCUUUCUGGAAGCAGAGAAUGCGUUGGACUCAAGGUUGGACUCAGGCUUCCAUUCGUCACGCAAACAUGAUCUGGACCAACCCUCCCAACGGCACUCGCUCAUUGAGCGAACGUUACGGUCUUCUUUCUCUUAUCAUUGUUCGUGAAAUGAGUUACUACCUCGUCACACUGCACACUUCUCUUCUUAUGAGUUUCCUCAUCACUGGCUGGCCCAAGAGCUCAGGUGAACUCGCCAGAUUGAUCUUCUUCCGCUACGCCUUGUCUGAGUGGUUCCUCUUCCUCACUGUCGGAAGUCUGAUUGUCACACUGUGGAUCACUGAGAUUGUUCGAUCCGAGUUUACUUCCUUCUUCGACAUGAUCCUUUUCUCCGCGAUCUACAUUCCCUACCUCAUUCUUCAGGGUACCAUGGGUAUCUACGGACACUUCCGUGAGGUCAUCGGCUAUUCCUCAUGGAACCCCACCUCGAGAAAGUAG